UGGUGAUGUGUUGUUUUACUCAUUUAGAUGACCUGAGCAAGGAAGACUGCAGCCAUGAGUUCCUAAAGGAAGAGUUGAGGCUACUACCACUGAGCAGUAAGAUGAGCAUGUUAACACACCAAAAGAAACCUGCCACUAGGUCCUGUAGUUUGGGCGAUAGGGUGCCAAGAAGUCAUACCUUUCACUCCACAUGUCAAGAAAGAGAUGAAAUCCUUGAAGAUGAGGAAUCCCCACGCCAAAGGAGAAUAACUGUUGCAUCGUACAUUCCUCACUCCAAAGACCACAAUGAAAAGAGUGUAGUGAAGUGGGAUUCUAAUGGGUACAGAGCCAAAUCUUUAGCAGAGCUGAACACUGAGGAGGUUUGCCAGUGGUUUAGUAAUAUUGGUCUACAGAAAUGCCUGCCCUUCAUUAGAGAGGCAGAGUUCAGUGGAUCUCACAUCGCUUCUAUUGAUCUCAACACCCUCGAAAUCCUUCAAGUGUCCAAUCUGGAGGAGAGAGAGAGGCUGCUGUCUGCCAUUUACCAUGAGUUACACCCGCCAAACUCCACCACCCAAAGACUCGACUCCCUUCUUGAAAGAUUUGGUCCACACAAUGUUGAGAAAUUCACAGCAGCUUUGGUUUCUAUGACCAAGUCGAAAUCUUCUCCUCAAGUUAGCAGCAUCAAUAUGAACCAAUGUUCAUUCAAAUUCAGACAGAAAGAACAAAAUGCAAGAUUUCAGAAGAACUCGCAUCUCAUUGAAAUCACAGUCAAUGUGUCAGAUCGAACAGUACAUUUAAGGACACCCAAAGAGACAAGUGUGGGGAAAGUGGUGGAGUCCUGUCUGAGGAUGCUGGGAAUUAAUGAAGACAAAGAUCAUUUCAACCUGAAAAGCAGCGAAGAUGAGUUCCUCCCUGAGCAGCAGAUUGGAGACUUGCCUGGCUCAGAGAUGAGACUAAUGGAGCUUCACUUAUAUAGGAAGGAAUCACAGAAAGCAGGACGUUGUUCAUCAGAUAACAACAUAAUUUGUACCACUGACAAUAUUCAGAGCAAAAACCUGCUAAACAACACUGGGAAGAUUCAAGAGCUAAAUCAACAGGUGGCCUCCCUUCAAAACGUCAUCAUACAGGUUCAGGAGCUUUACCAUGGUCUGGUAGCCUUCUGUUCAGAGCUGAAAAAGAUGGAGGGGGAGAUGGAUGCAGUGCGAACAGACAGCUUUGAAGUGAAGAGGCUUCUCAGUGAGGCCCAGGACAGUCUGCAGAAGAAAAGACAGAGCCUUCAAACACUCAGGGACAAUCUUAACACUGCACCAGUGCAGAAGAAUAAGCCAUCAGAGGUCCGACUUUUGGAGAAGAUGAGGCUAAACUGCCAGGUGUUUAAAGACGAGAUCACACUAGUCCACCUCAAUCGACAGGUGGCUCACCUGCGUGAAGUUCUGGAGAAGACACAGGCCAAGGAGAAAGCUGAGAGGAAGAGCCCUACUCUGACUCAGCUGGUCUCUUUGCAGUCUCCUGUCAUGCUUGUGGCCACCCAAGUGAAAGCAGACCCAGACGGUCAUUAUGGAUUCUCUGUGGACUGGGUAGAGGGCCAGGGGCUGAUGGUGGUACAUAGUGAGGGUGCUAAUCUCUGCCUGAAUGACAGGCUGGUGGAGGUUAACGGAGUGAACGUCUUGGGGAGCAGUGAGGACGAGUUGGAGCUGAUGCUUAAGACACACACUGCCCACAUUGUUGUUCUUCGCCAGCUGGCCCAAGAACUUCCACAGGAAGACCCAUCUGCCUCCACUUCAGACAGAUUUCUGCUCUGAGAGAUCAACAGGACAUACAAAUGCUGCAGAAACAUCAAGCAAUGUAAACCAACUAAACACUGUCACAGUCUUACUGUAGGAACACAUUCAGACACACCUGACUUGGUCAUAUUUUCUGUUUUAUCCCACUUAUUACCUUAAUGACAUUUGUCUUGAGAGGAGGGUUAUAUAUUCACCCUGCAUUACAGUCUCUGGGUCAUUUCAGGGCAGUUUCAUUUUUGGGUGUGUAUGACUUGUUUUCAGGUUGAUACAAAUGUAAUAGCCAUAGUCUCAAUUAAUGAGUGGGUCAGUCAAAAACUGUUUGUAAAAAUGGCAAUUGCAUGUGAAAAGGGCAUUUUAAAUUUUAAAUUGCAUUCAACCAUGAAGGUCAAGUUCGCAAAAUAAAUCAAUGUCAUAACCUUCACUUUGUACACUUUUUGAAAAAAGCUGCUGUGGUGAAAUAGGACGCAAGGACACUUCCUGUAAGACUGACAUUAUUGAAAAUACAGAUAUCAAAGCUAAACUUUUUUUAUGUCAAAGAUUGACUCAAGGAGCAUCACGAAGUAAUGUAGUGAAAGUA